UCGAAUCUGACACGGUGCCGUUUUCGUCGGUGCCUACACAGUAAUUGCCAACCAUCUCUCUCCCAGAAGAGAUCUUUUUUAUAUCCUAUACGUUUUCGUUUCUCGGAUCAAGAAAACCAAAAUCCAACAACAGAUAUUUUCACGAGGAACAAUAUGUCGAAUUACGCUCGUGGCGGCGAAGACGAGGUCGAUGACUUCGACGAGUACGAUCCAACGCCGUACGGGGGCGGUUACGACAUCGUGCUCACCUACGGCCGGCCUCUCCCGCCGUCCGAUGAGAUCUGCUACCCUCUCUCCUCCUCCACGCCUUCCGAUGACUUCGACUAUGAUCGCCCCCAGUACACCUCCUACGCCGAGCCUUCCGCCUAUCGCGACGAGGCCCUCGAGACUGAAUACAGCAGCUACGCCCGUCCCAAGCCCCGACCCGCGCCCCCUCCACCCGGUGAGGGAGAUUUCGGAGGAGGUGAGUAUGGGGCCAGGCCGGACGUUGGUCAUGGGUUCCCUCCUCCUGGGGUUAACAGGCCCGGGUAUGGUGAGCCCGAGUAUGGAUCGGAAAGGCCCGGAUCUGAAUACGGAUCUGGGUAUGGCCGCCAGAGUGAGCAUGAGCAGGAACCCGGAUCCGGAUACGGACGGAAGAGCCAGUAUGAACAGACUGAAUCGGGAUACGGAUCUGGGUAUGGGCGGAAAAGCGAGUACGAGCAGCCACCCCCAUCGGAAUACGGUCGUAAGAGUGAGUACGAGCAGCCACCCCAAUCGGAAUAUGGAUCUGGAUAUGGGCGGAAGAGUGAGUACGAGCAGCCUCCCCAAUCGGAAUACGGAUCUGGAUAUGGGCGGAAGAGUGAGUACGAGCAGCCACCCCCAUCGGAAUACGGAUCUGGAUAUGGGCGGAAGAGUGAGUACGAGCAGCCACCCGAAUCGGAAUACGGGUCUGGGUACGGGAGGAAGAGCGAGUAUGAGCAGCCACCCGCACCGGAAUAUGGAUCCGGUUAUGGCCGGAAGACCGAUUAUGAGACUCCCGAAUCGGAAUACGGAUCUGGGUAUGUGCGGAAGCCCGAGUAUGAGGCGCCCCCACCAGGGUAUGGAUCCGGAUACGGGCGGAAGCCGGGUUAUGGGGAGGAAGAGGGUAGUGGUGGUUACGGGUAUGGAGGGAGGAGUGAGAGGCCUGAAUACGAGAGUACUGAGCAUGAGAGGCCGAGUUAUGGGGACGAGCCGCCUCGGAGGCAGAGUUAUGGGCGGUCCGAGGAGGAGAGCUAUGAGAGGCGUGAUGAUGAUGAUGGUGGUGGCGAGAGGCGCAAGUAUGGAUACGGUGAAGAGGGUGAAGAGGGCUAUGGGCGCAAGAAAUACGGAGAUGAUGGCUCUGAUGAUGAUGAGGAGAAGCGCCAACGUCAUGGGCAUCACCACCACCGCAAGAGCUAUGAUGAUGAGUAAUUGGAAUGGAAUGCGGUUGCUUUGUGAAUGGGAUUCGUGCCAUAAUUUGAUACUAAAUAAGGGGUUGAGGCAUGACUUCCUUCGAGUCUUUUUUUUAAAGUGGUAUUGUACUGGUACAAGUCUGGAGUGUUCCAUACUCGUCAUGUUUGGCUUUGUUAUCUCAGAGUAUACCUCAGUGUGUGCUUUUACAUAAAAUCUUUUAAAUAAAAUCCCAUACAUUUGGGCU